UCGGGAGGCGCGCUCUGCCAUCGGACUCUUUCUUCUAUUUCUACGGCACUCGGUCUCGUCGCCGUUUCUGGUUUCUUUUUGUCUUAGUUGUGAUAGGUCUUUGCGUCGUCGUUCCCCUAUUGGAAAUUUUCGAGAUGGGGCAAAGUGCCCUUACGCCCCUCUCCCUUACUCUAGAUCAUUGGAAAGAUGUCAAAGCCAGGGCUCACAAUCUGUCCAUGGAGAUCAAAAAAGGAAAAUGGCAGACUUUCUGUUCGUCUGAGUGGCCCACAUUCGGCGUAGGUUGGCCACCAGAGGGAACCUUUGAUCUUACUGUCAUUUUUGCAGUUAAAAAGAUUGUUUUUCAGGAGACCGGAGGACACCCGGACCAGGUUGCCUGUGUCGUGGUAUGGCAAGACCUCGCCCAGAAUCCCCCUCCCUGGGUGCCACCCUCCAGCAAAGUCGCUGUUGUUUCGGGAUCAGAAAAUACUCAAAGGCCACCUACAAGGAAGCCUUCCGCCCCUCCCCAACCCCCCGUCCUCCCGACACCAGAUGACCUAUUUUCUCUCUCUGAAACCCCACCUUACCCGGCGGCUCCGCUGCCCCCUCUGGCCCCUCAGGGAAACAGAUCGGCACCAGGCCGAGCGCCCGGUGAUCCUAGCCCUGAGGGACCGGCUGCGGGGACUAGGAGCCGCCAACCUCGCAGUCCGAGAGACGGCUCCGGUCCUGACUCCACCGUAGCUUUGCCCCUCCGAGCCAUAGGGCCCCCAGCUGAGCCUAAUGGCUUGGUCCCUCUACAGUAUUGGCCUUUUUCCUCAGCAGAUCUUUACAAUUGGAAGUCUAACCACCCGUCUUUUUCUGAAAAUCCAGCAGGACUCACGGGACUCCUUGAGUCUCUUAUGUUUUCUCAUCAGCCCACUUGGGACGAUUGCCAACAGCUACUCCAGAUCCUCUUCACCACUGAAGAGCGAGAAAGGAUUCUCCUGGAGGCCCGCAAGAACGUUCUCGGGGACAACGGGGCCCCUACACAACUCGAGAACCUCAUUAAUGAGGCCUUCCCCCUCAAUCGACCUCAAUGGGAUUACAACACGGCCGAAGGUAGGGAGCGUCUCCUGGUCUACCGCCGGACUCUAGUGGCAGGUCUCAAAGGGGCAGCUCGGCGCCCCACCAAUUUGGCUAAGGUAAGAGAGGUCUUACAAGGACCGGCAGAACCCCCUUCGGUUUUCUUAGAACGCCUAAUGGAGGCCUAUAGGAGAUACACUCCGUUUGAGCCCUCUUCUGAGGGGCAGCAGGCUGCAGUUACCAUGGCCUUCAUCGGACAGUCAGCCCCAGAUAUUAGAAAAAAGUUACAGAGGCUAGAGGGGCUCCAAGAUUAUUCCUUGCAAGAUUUAGUGAGGGAGGCAGAAAAGGUGUACCACAAAAGGGAGACAGAAGAAGAAAGAGAGGAAAGAGAAAAAAAGGAGGCAGAAGAGAGAGAAAGGCGGCGCGAUAAGCGCCAAGAGAAAAACUUGACUAGGAUUUUGGCCGCAGUAGUAAGUGAAAAAGGUUUUAGGGAUAGGCAGACAGGGAAUCUGAGCAACCGGGCAAGAAAGAAAACACCUAGGGAUGGAAGACCCCCUCUAGACAAAGACCAAUGCGCGUACUGUAAAGAGAAGGGUCACUGGGCAAGAGAAUGUCCCCGGAAAAAGAACAUCAGAGAAGCCAAGGUUCUAUCCCUAGAUGACUAGGGGAGUCGGGGUUCGGACCCCCUCCCCGAACCUAGGGUAACACUGACUGUGGAGGGGACCCCCAUCGAGUUUCUGGUCGAUACCGGGGCUGAACAUUCGGUGUUGACCCAACCCAUGGGGAAGGUAGGGUCCAGGCGGACAGUCGUAGUAGGAGCAACCGGCAGCAAAGUCUACCCCUGGACCACACAAAGACUUUUAAAGGUUGGACAUAAACAAGUGACCCAUUCCUUUUUGGUCAUACCUGAGUGCCCUGCUCCUCUGUUGGGCCGGGACAUUCUGACCAAACUAAAGGCC